UUGAUCAUCACACUGUCACUUUCUCUCCCACUUCCAUUCCCAUUUUUUGCAGAUUCUAAAUCUGAUGGAAGGGAAGAAGCACUCUCGGUGUCGAAUUCAGACUUUUGAAGGUGUGGCAGAUGGUGCUAUGGCGGAAAUGGCUAUGAUUGAGCUGCCAGCAGACCAAAAUGCUGGAGUUGACAUACAAGAAGGGAUGCAUAAGCAUAACUCUGAUGAAAAAUCGGAAUUGCCAUGCGAGAAAACAACGAGCGAAACCGAGUCAUCGAGUACCGGAUUCUUGGUGAAUACCGAGUGUACUGCUGCUGAUAGCUUUGAUGAAAUAGAAUCUGUUUGCCCAGUAGUUUCCGGCAAUUAUAUAGACUUACCUUUCUUACAUCAUAAACCUGAAGCCCCCUUCUCUUCAGAUGAUGUUCCAGAUGGCUCAACUCCACCUAUUAGCGGAGACAAAUCGACAAGUCAGUCUCAAUUAAAGGAUGAAGAGUCAGAACCAUGCACUUGGGAGAACUUACGGUUCGAGCCUGCAUUACGAAUAUGUCUAAAGUUUGAAGACGUUACAUAUAAGGUACCAGUUAAAGGUGAAAAGAACUCAGAUGCAAACAAGUACAUACUUCAUGGAAUAACUGGUUUGGUACAUCCAGGAGAGGUUCUUGCUCUGAUGGGACCAUCAGGAGGGGGGAAAACAACUCUUCUUAAUUUACUUAGUGGAAGAAUGAAGUUCCACAGCGGUACCAUUACCUACAAUAAUCAACCAUAUUCCAAGUCACUGAAAUGGAGGAUCGGUUUUGUACUGCAGGACGAUGUCUCCUUUCCUCAUCUUACAGUCAAGGAAACUCUAACCUAUGCAGCUCUGCUCCGUCUCCCAUAUACCUUAACCAUGGAGCAGAAGAAGGAAAGGGCAACUAAUGUCAUUACCGAGCUAGGCCUCGAAAGGUGCCAAAAUACAGUGAUUGGCGGGACAUUUUUUAGGGGAGUUUCUGGAGGUGAAAGAAAAAGGGUUUGUAUUGCCAAUGAAAUUCUUCUUAACCCAUCACUUCUAUUAUUGGAUGAACCAACAUCAGGUUUAGAUUCGACAACCGCUCUUCAAAUUGUUCAGAUGUUAAGAAACAUUGCCCGGUCUGGCAAGACAGUGGUGACUACAAUACAUCAGCCUUCUAGUAGAUUAUUUAGUAAGUUCGACAAGCUGAUUCUCUUGGGUAAAGGCAACUCCUUGUACUUCGGCAAGGCCUCUGACGCCAUGCUACAUUUCUCUUCUAUUGGCUGUACUCCACUCAUAGCCAUGAACCCAGCGGAAUUUCUUAUUGAUUUGGCUAAUGGUAACAUAAAAGACAAGUCCGUUCCAUCAGAUUUGGAGGGCAGGUUUUCACCCAGAAACAAAAGUCUUGAUUUGAAACAUGGAGAGCCUUGCCAUGUUGAUGUCUAUGAGUAUCUGGUGGAAGCCCAUGCAGUGACGGAAGCGAAGUCGGAGAAGACAAAGCUCAUAAAUCCCCUACCGAUAGAUAGUGAAACUAUGAUGAAGAAAAGGCCGAACACAAUGGAAUGGGGAGCAACCUGGUGGGAUCAGUUCUCGAUUCUUUUCCGAAGGGGUCUUAAGGAAAGGCGACAUGAAUACUUCAGCUGCAUGAGUGUAACGCAAGUUUUCUCGGCUGCUAUAAUGAUGGGUUUACUUUGGUGGCGCUCUGAUGCUUCCUCUCCAAAGGGACUUCAGGAUCAGGCAGGCUUGUUAUUCUUCAUUUCAGUGUUUUGGGCAUUCUUUCCAAUGUUUAGUGCCAUUUUUACAUUCCCUCAAGAGAGAGUGAUGCUAGCUAAGGAAAGAUCGGUAGGAAUGUAUAGACUCAGUGCCUAUUUGUUAGCCAGAAUGACCAGUGAUCUUCCUUUGGAUCUCAUUUUGCCUUUAGUGUUCCUUGUGAUUAUCUAUCUCAUGGCAGGCUUGAAGCCAACAUUCACUGCAUUUUCACUCACAAUGCUUACUGUUUUCUUAAGUGUUGUUGCUUCCCAGGGCCUUGGCCUUACUAUAGGAGCAGCCUUCAUGGAUGUGAAAAAAGCCUCAACUUUAGCUUCUAUUAUAAUAAUGGCUUCCAUGUUAUCUGGUGGAUUCUUUAUCCAGAAAGUUCCGGUAUUUAUGUCAUGGAUACGAUACAUCUCAUUUACAUAUCAUACAUACAGGCUGCUACUCAAGAUUCACUACGGUUGCUCGAUCGAUUCGUGUGGUGAGUCGGAUUCAUCGUGUAGGUCUCCUUUCAAAGGAUUGAGACUCGAUUGGGAUGGCAUUGAAGUCGGUACAAUGAUAACGAUGAUCAUCGGAUAUAGGCUACUAGCCUAUGCAUUCUUAAGGAGAAUGAAAUUAAUGACAAUAACUUAGUUUAUAUUUUCAACAGUGAUGAUUUGUAAGCAUCAGCUUGAUCAAGCUAAUAAGGGGGCAAAAGG